AUGUCUCGAGCCCCUCCUGGUGGUAAUCCAGGCCACUUCGGCGGCAUGGGGUUGCCUGGAGGCAAUCCUCGAAUGGCCCCCAGCCAGGGCCAGAGACCGCCUCCUGGUGGCGCAUCAUAUCAACCCUAUGGUGGUGCUCCGCAGGCGGGAUACGGUGGCCCUCAAGGAUACCCUUCAGCACCUGCACAGCGUGGCGAGAAGGGCCCGUCUGGAGGCGGACGGGUGGUAUCACUGCAAGCUGAUUUACGGAAACAUGCAAAUUUCCCCCCUCGACGAGAUGGCACAGACUACUAUGUUCUCCUCCGUGCCGGCCAGCCACCCGGCGAGUUCGUCGUCACUGCGACACCUAUUCAAGGAUUCCCUCGAGGCUGUAUUAGUCUGUCCGACCCCCAACGCACAUGGUGUGGUGUUGCUAUGAGAGAUACCUUCACCGGAGAGGUUUUCGAUCCUUUUGCGUCUGGCGGCAAGGCAUAUUUGGGGACUUUAGAUGUGGAAAUUGGGUUCGCUUCACCGACAAAGAGGACAGAGACCCCGUACGACGAAGAUGAGCUUUCCAAGGUCUUUAUCAACACUUUCCAGAACCAGGUCCUUGCUCCUGGGCAGAGAAUUCUCAUGGACGUUCGAAACAUACCGCUUAUGAUCGUUGUCAAGACUGUUGGCCUAGUUGACCUGUCCAUGGCGGAUGAUGGAAGCAAACAGAUCCACAGGGAGUCUCAUGCUAGGGGAAUCCUCACUAACCAGACUCGUGUUAUGUUCCAUCGUGAUGCCAAGGGAGACUUCAACCUCAAACCUUCAGCCACGAAGCCAAACUCCAACGCAAUCCUGGCUCCGGACUUCAAGUUUGAAGAUAUGGGAAUUGGUGGACUGGGAAAUGAAUUCUCGACCAUUUUCCGCCGUGCAUUCGCAUCUCGUGUCUUCCCCCCUGGCCUGGUCGCUAAGCUAGGCAUCCCCCACGUCAAGGGAAUGCUUCUUUACGGCCCCCCAGGAACGGGAAAGACAUUGAUUGCCAGACAGAUUGGUCAUAUGCUCAAUGCCAGGCCGCCAAAGGUUAUCAACGGUCCCGAGGUGCUGAACAAAUAUGUCGGCCAGUCUGAAGAGAACAUCCGCAAACUCUUUGCGGACGCUGAAAAGGAAUACAAAGAAAAGGGGGAUGAGAGUGGCCUUCAUAUUAUCAUCUUUGACGAGCUGGAUGCUGUCUGUAAGCAGCGUGGAUCUGGAGCCGGCGGAGGUACUGGUGUUGGCGACAGUGUUGUCAACCAGCUCCUUGCCAAGCUGGAUGGUGUUGACCAACUCAACAACAUUCUCCUGAUCGGAAUGACAAACCGAAAAGACAUGAUUGACGAAGCCCUAAUGCGACCUGGUCGUUUGGAGGUGCACGUUGAAAUCUCUCUUCCGGAUGAGCAGGGCCGACUGGAAAUCUUAAAGAUCCAUACGGCAAAGAUGAGCACCAACGGUGUCUUGGACCCGAACGUCGACUUUGAGGAACUAGCAGGCCUUACGAAGAAUUUUUCAGGUGCUGAGAUCAGCGGUCUUGUCAAGGCGGCAACUUCAUUUGCCUUCUCACGCCAUAGCGAAGUGGGACAGCUGGCUGCAGUCAAGCAGGAUGUUGUAAACAUGAAGGUGAACCGCGAUGACUUUAUGAAUGCCCUGACUGAAGUUCAUCCUGCCUACGGAGUGUCCGAGGCCGAUCUCGAAGAGGCCGUUAGACGAGGCAUAAUACACUACAGCCACCACAUUGAGACCAUCAUCCAGAGGUCGAUGGGUGAUGUUCGCAUGGUCAAGCAAGACCCCGACCAAUUCAGCACAUCUGUGCUGUUUCACGGCCCAAGUGGAUCCGGAAAGACAGCCCUGGCCGCCCAUAUUGCUAUGCGAUCCGAAUUCCCCUUUAUUAAGCUGGUGUCUCCGGAUGACCUGGUGGGGUAUCGAGACGAAUAUGCCAAGAAGGACUACAUUCACAAAGCCUUUGCGGAUGCCUACAAGUCAGCCGCUAGCAUCCUGAUCCUCGACGACUUUGAGCAGUUGAUAGGCUGGAAUCCGAUCGGCCCGCGAUUCUCCAACGUCAUACUGGAGGCUCUGACUACGCUGAUUGCAGCAAAGCCCCCCAAGGGGCACCGGCUCCUUAUCUUGGUUACAACAUCGCAGGUCUCGACACUGAAGAUGUUGGACGUUGAACGGCGCUUUGAUACAACGGUAGCCGUUCCUGCAGUCUCGAACCUCGACGAACUUCGUCUUGUGCUUAAUGAGUCAGGUGCUCUAGAUCCAUCUAGCGCGGAUCAAACGAUCAAUAUGAUCCGCGAUCGUACGAGGUCGGAGUCGGUAGCUGUGGGAGUCAAGAUGAUCCUGACUCUUAUUUCUAAAGCGAGAAACCAAGGCCCCAGCAGCAGCAUAGUAGAAAAUCUAUCAGAUCUCCUAGCUGAAAAGAUAAACCAGAUACGGCUUUAAAUGCCUUGAUAGAUUAUAUUCUAUAUAAAAUGUUUGUUCUAAGCAAUAGGCUAUCCGCAAUCUAGAGGAAUUAAUAAUAAUUAUAUAUAUGU